UAAACGGUUUUUUAAAAAAACUUUUAUUAUUUGGGUUAAGUCGUGUGAGUUAAAUUUGUUGCCUUUUUACUGCUACGUUUGUUAAAUUUAUAUUGAUAAAUAAAGGAAAUUUCAUUUCAGUCAAGGAAAAGUAAGGAAAAAUUAAAUCAAAAAUUGUCUGGCCACCCUGAUAUAAUAAAUAAACAUGUAAUUGUAGAUAAUUGUAAAUAAUAUUGCAUAAAAUAUGUAAACAUACCUUGUAUGUUUAUAUACUUUAUAUAAUAAUAUUGUUAAUGAUUUAUUUAGAUAUAAUAUUAAUAGCAUUUUUUAACAUUUAUUAAAGAUAAAUUUGAAUGGCAGAUUAUAUGAACUGGAAUGUAGAGGAUGUUUGUGCAUACUUAGAAUUAAAAGGACUCCCAGAACUUAGACAAAAAGUUAUUGAGGAAGAAAUGGAUGGGAAUGUUUUGGUGUCGUUGACAGAGUCGAUGGUGUCACGCUUAUGCCAGACAAUGGGUAGACAAGUCAUGUUACUGGAAAUUAUCAAGAAUCUUUUAACUCCACCACAAGCAAUCAAUAAUUUUAAUAAUUUAGAACAUGUUGCAAAUGUUUCACAAACACUGGCACAUUGUGAAGAUGUUGAUAACGUUGAGCCAUUAAACAGAACAAAAAAACCAUGGUCAGUGCAAUAUCAACUUCCUAUUUUUCCUCCAUUAGUAAAAGCAGCACUAGAUGCCAACGAUGGUUGCUUUCUUCAAUAUCAAAGAAAAAAUUGUAGAAACCACCUUUUGCAAUGUCUAUAUGAUGAUAUUAGCAAAUACACUAUGUAUCCCUCAAGUACACAAUAUUCAGAUGUUAUUGCUGCUCUUUGCUCUAAAUAUCCUUAUUUAAAUGACUUUCCAUCUACAAGUAGUUCUUCAGUACACAGAUUUGGAAUCUAUCCAAUACUAAUUGAAAAUUUAAAAAAUAAAUUAAAGAAAGAGUGACUCCCUUUAGUUCAAUUAGACAUUGUUGCUGAACACAAAAGAAAAUUUGGGCAACAAGGUAGAGGGCGCAAAAGAAAGGAUUUUGGUGAUGAUCAAUCAUGUGCCAGAAAAAUAAGAGACUUGGUAAUACUAAUAUUUGUAUAUUGCAUAUAUUUACAUUGCUAUAUAAUUACAUAUAUUUAUAUUGCUAUUUUGAAUACAACUUGUUUGUUAUAAACAAUAAAAAAUAAAUUUAAUUAAUCAGAAAAGUG